AUGAAUAGAAAUAUAAAUUAUCUAUUUAAGAAUGGCUAUAGUUUGAAUUCAGUAGUAUUUCGAGGUGCUUUUCAGAUUUCCAAUGCAUCUACGAAACCAACGACUUUAUUUUCUCCACAGUUCGCACAAUCGAUAUCGAGAAUGCUGCAUACAUUUGGUAGUAACAAAUGUAACAAUAACUUAAUAACAAACAAUUUUGAUAGUACCAACUGUGUAUGUCAAAUGCAACAUACCGAUGCACAACAACAACAACAAAUAUUUAAGAAAAACAAUAAUAACAACUCAAAUAACAAUAAUAAUAAUAAUAAUAAUAAUAGUAGUAGAUCAUAUAGUUCAUCAUCAAAUAAUAGCAAUAAUAACAAUAGUAAUAACAAUAGUAAUAAUAAUAAUAAUAGCGGUAAUAAUAACAAUAAUAGUGGUAAUCAUGAUUAUGCUUCAGAUGCCAAGAUAUUGAUUUUCGAAGAUAUUAGACCACUUAAAUUCAAAGCUAUUUCAUUGGUUGCUUUCAUUCAGAUCGGUCUACUCGUUGGUGUUUACGAUAUGUACUUCCAAAAGGAUGAUGCAUCAAAGUUGGAGGCAUUCUUUACAUUUGGUUUAGGUACUGCUUUUGUAGCUGCUACUUUUUAUUUCAUUAGACAACAUGCAAGAAGAUCAAUUGCACAAAUAUAUGCAUUCAAUAAGGGACGUGUUGUCGAGUUGGUCACCUACAAUCAAUUCGGUAAUCCAAAGGUUACACGUACUGUGACGAUCAACAAAUUCAAUCCAGUCAAGAAGAACGAUCUCGUCAAGGUUGUCGAACCACAGAAACAGAUGUUCUAUCUCAAACUUCAUGGUACAACAACUCACUACAUGGGUGACUUGGAAAGAGCAAAAGUAUUAGAACCAACACUUCUUGGAAAGAUCAUUCACAAUAAGAAUUCAAUUAUAUAA